GCAGCCCCUCUCAGGCCGCGGAGGGGAGCAUUCACACCCCGCUGUCUGCGUUUAGCGGACGGGGCUCUCGGUGAACCGGAGGGAGAUGUUCGGCACCCCGUGCGCCCGGCGGCUGGCGCGCCGCUGCCGCUCCGCGCUGCUGCUGUCCGCCGCGGCGCUGCUGCUCGUCCAGACGCUGGUGGUGUGGAACUUCAGCAGCCUGGACUCCGCCGGCGGGGACGCGGGCGCCAGGAGCCGGGAGAGGCGGGACGAGCGGAGCGGGGGGCUCAGCAGAGCCGCCGCGGAGCGCCGGUGGAGGGGCCCGGAGCGGAGCGACGAGCCGCCGCGGGAAGCCGCCGCGCUGCACGGGAAGACGGCCGCUCGACUCAAGCUGCAGCCGGACGUCCGCCGUCCCCGCCGUCCGCAGCUCCGUCCCGACAGCAACAACAGCGAGAACUCGGUGCCCAAAGACUUUGACGACAGCAACAGCAACCUGGCAGCGUCGCAGCGUCAGCAUCUCCCCGCUGCAAACAGCAAGCGAAAGCUGGAAAACAACCAAGGCAUGCUGGGAAAUGAAGUCCUAAAGCAUGCGCCGGUCCUCUCUAAAGCUCCCAACCAGACCCACAUCCUGACCGUCCCGGCGGCGGCUCAGGGCUCCAAUCAGGACGCCCCCUUCUUCCAGACGAAGCGGCCCGGGUCGCCGCGGCAGCCGCCGGGUCCGGAGCCCAACGGGGAGCAGCCGCAGUGCGAGAUCAGCGGGAAGGAGGCCAUUUCCGCUCUGUCCAGAGCCAAGAGCCGCGAGUGCCGGCAGCGCAUCGUGGAGGUCUACUGCAAGCACAAAGAGCGGGCGCUGAUGCCGGAGAAAAUCCCGCGCUACUGUCCUAUCCAAGGGAAGGCGAACGUAAACGUCCAGUGGGACGGCGGCGCCGCCGGCUCGCCGCCGGUCCGCAUCGCCUUCGUCCUGGUCGUCCACGGCCGCGCCGCGCGGCAGGUCCAGCGGCUCUUCAAAGCCAUUUACCACACAGAACAUUUCUACUACAUCCAUGUGGACCAGAGGUCCGAUUUCCUCCACCAAGAGGUUCUGUCUCUGGCGGGCCGGUUCCCCAACGUCAGAGUGACUCCCUGGAGGAUGGCCACCAUUUGGGGCGGAGCCAGCCUCCUGACCAUGUACCUGCGCAGCAUGGAAGACCUCCUCAAAAUGGCCGACUGGCCCUGGGACUUCUUCAUCAACCUGAGCGCCGCCGACUACCCCGUCAGGACCAACGACCAGCUGGUGGCGUUUCUCUCCAAACAUCGCAACAUGAACUUCAUCAAGUCUCACGGCAGAGACAACGCUCGUUUCAUCCGUAAACAGGGCCUGGACCGGGUUUUCUACGAGUGCGACACCCACAUGUGGCGCCUGGGAGACCGUAAGAUCCCGGAGGGCGUGUCGGUGGACGGAGGCUCUGAUUGGUUCCUGCUCAGCCGGCCGUUUGUGGAUUAUGUGGUGAACUCGCAGGACGACCUGGUCAGAAACAUGAAGCGGUUCUACGGCUACACGCUGCUGCCGGCCGAGUCGUUUUUCCACACCGUCCUGGAGAACAGCGCCCUCUGUGACACGAUGGUGGACAACAACCUGAGGCUCACCAACUGGAACCGCAAACUGGGCUGCAAGUGCCAGUACAAGCACAUAGUGGACUGGUGCGGCUGCUCACCGAACGACUUCAAGCCUUCAGACCUGCCUCGCCUGAAGCAGGCCUCCAGGCCGACGUUCUUCGCCCGGAAGUUCGAGGCCAGCGUCAGCCAGGAGGUCAUCAGCCAGCUGGACGCCUUCCUGUUCGGCGCGUAUUCGUCCGGCACGCCGGGCCUGCAGGCCUACUGGGAGAACAUCUUCCACCAGCAGACGGACGGCGUCUCCGGUCUGUCGGACGCGGCGCUCAGCCACCACCGCGCCUUCGCCCGCAUGGGCCUGGCGCGCGCCGCCGCAUCGCUGCAGGGGCAGCCCGGCGAUCACAGCUGCAGGUACGCCGCCAUGAGCCACCCGACGUCGGUGCACGCCUACUUCCUGUCGGACCAGUUCCAGGGCUACCUGGUGCGCCACGCGGCCACAAACCGAGCCUCCACCCAGAUGGAGACGCUGGAGACCUGGGUGGCUCCCACGGACCACUUCACCCUGGCCAGCCAGCCCCACAGCGGCAACCGGCUGCAGCACAUCCAGGUCGGGUCGGACUGGGACCCGAAGGAGCGGCUGUUCAGGAACUGGGGUGGCCUGCUGGGGCCCGAAGACGAGCCGGUGGCGGUUCAGCACUGGAGCCGCAGCCAGAGCAACCUGACCGCCACCGUGGUCUGGAUCGACCCCACCAACGUCAUCGCCGCCACCUAUGACAUCCUGGUGGAUGCGUCGGCCGAGGUGACCCACUACCGGCCGCCGCUGACGGCGCCGCUGCGGCCCGGCGUCUGGACGCUGCGAGUGCUUCACCGCUGGAACCCGCUGGGCCAGACCAGCUUCGUCGUCGCUCCGCUCGAGUUCCACCGGCAGCAGCCCAUCCAGAAAGAGGACACGCUGCGGCUCCACGCCGGCCCGCCCAGGAACUCCUACAUGGAGCAGAGCUUCCACGGCCUGAACCCGGUGCUGCGGCUGCCGGUGAGCCUCCGCGCCGUGGAGGAGGCCGAGGCCAACUCCGGCCUGACGGGGGCGCCGCUGCGCCGCUGGCUGGACGGGCUCCUGCAGGGCCACUGGGCCGCCGCGGACGUCUGCUCGCUGGGCCCCAGCGCCUGCCCCGUCAUGCAGCGCUGCGCCCGCACCAGGUGGAGCUCCGCCAGCCCCGACCCCAAAUCCGAACUGAGCGCGCCCAGAGCGGACGGCCGGAUCAGGUAGCAGCGGGACGGUCGGAGGAAACCUUUAUUUAUUUGAAGGUGGCAGGAACGGAGGAGGACCAGAACCUGGUCUGAUCCCAGUUCGGUUUGGGACAACACGGCCCAAUGAAUGUCAGAACCAGAACUUCAUACCUCUUGUUGUUGAGUUCACAAAAAUUAUUAUUUAUGAGUUAUUUAGUCUAAUUAUGACAUUAUUUAAUGUCUGAACUGAGACCAAAAUCAUCUCUGGCCUUUAUUCCUGGGAAUUUGUUUCUAGUAUUUCCCAGGAUAUAAGUAUGGAAAAAAACGGGGUUUUUAUCGGGGUUUGUGGUGAAGAGCUCCCCCUGGUGGCGCCGACAUGUCCGUGACCACACAGAAAACAUCUCUAAAUAAACUGCAGCUGCAGACCAGAUACCGUAAUAACUUCAUCAUUUCAUUUGAACAUUGUGUGAGCCUUAAGAAAAGAAAAACGUUGCUGAAGUUUAUGAUGUGAGGGUUUUGCAGCUUUCAGAUAAUUAAAGUCUGACCUCAGUGCCAACAGUUACUGUAGUUUUUUAACAUUUAAACAGAGAAAUCCCUCUAAAUGUCAGGGAUCUAAAUCCCCCCUGAAAAAUCAUGUUUCAUUCAGAACAUUUUUCAUGACUGUGUUUUGGAAGGAGAUGCCGAUUCGCUGCUUGUCACUUAUGUAAAAACAACAAAAACUGAUUGUUUUGAUGUUUCUGUUGUUUUUUUAUGCAGCUUUGAAAGUUUUUAAUUGAGUUAAUUGCAGGAUCUGUAAUUAAUUGUUCAAUAUUUUAGAGUUCAAAGGUCAAAUAUUUAAUGUGUACUUUAGGGACUUGGGACCUGGGAAUACCAACGUUUCCGUAUUUAAUGUUUUCCAUACUUAUUCUGAUCCGGACCAGACUGAGCGCCAGCUCCAGGUUCUGGGCCAAAUGAUAAACCUUUAAGCUCCUCACAGCAGGGGGCCACUCGGCCUUCCACAUUAUUUAUUAAGAUAAAGAACUGCUACCGGAUCACACAAGCAAACAAUGCUGCCAGAGCGCCUCCUGCUGGCCAGAUGCUAUUACUGCAUUAAAUUACAGGGAUAUUUCACAUGCAGAGGAAUCAUCUUACAUAUUAAAACCGAUAUUUUUUCACGGAUUAAAAAUCAGGCCUCUGAUCUUUCCUGAUGGACAUUUUUCUAACUUGUUUAAAGUUUUCCCUCCAGCUGCUCUGUUGUGUCAACGUCGGGUUUUCUUUGAGCCAUUUUAAAACCCUUCAGACUUGAGGUGAGCCAUCCAAGAAGAAAUUCAUCUUCUUUUAAAAAAUCCCUCUGUCUGAGUCAAACAUCUAAAAACUGCUGAACUAAUUUAUUCAAAAAUUUGUAUGACUAAUUUUUCCUUGUUAGGAGGAAAAUGUGUGCCUUUGUUUCUGAAGGCUGAUGAAACGAUUUAAUGAUGUCGACCACAGACUUCAGGACGACAUGAUGUCUUUAUUUAUGGUCUGUUGUCCGGAAGACGGGAGGCUGAACUAAACUGCUGAUCCUGGGACUGAAAUCUGGUCUAAUUUGCUAAAUAAAGAAAACAAAAACAAAUUUUAGGUUAUUGAAAAAUGAAUCCUGUCAACAUGACAAACAAACUGAACCAGAAGGUUUAAACUGAACAGAACUGAUGAACAGUUCCCACCGGUUUAAAUAAAUACUGAAGGCUUUUCAUUGUUUACAAAGGGCGCCAUCAUGUGGACAAACCAUGUAAAUACAGUCAAUUUGAAAACCAUUAUAAGUACACAUUUUUUGUGAUGGAUAAAGACAGGAUUUAGUCAUAAUUUAUCUGUUAUAAUUUAAUAAUAAAUCCCCAAAUUUAGUUUUUCAGAAAAUAAGAAAAUGGCAUUAAAUCCUGAUAAAGGAUUUAAAACGCCUUCAUAUUUACAUGUUCUGGAUCGUAUCUGCACUUUACUCAGUCUGGGCAGAAGAGAAAAUAAGUGGUGGUGUGAAUCUUUUUCUACCACACUUUUUCCUUCCACUUAAUUUUCCACCAGGAAUUUUUUUUUUUUUUUUUUGUCUUGUGGAGUCCUCUCCUUGUGGAAAUUUCAGUUUGGUGAACAUCAGUCAACUUUUCUCCAUGACUGAAAAAAACUGUUUAAAAUUUUCUGAAAACAGAAUUUUGUUUUUUACAGAAACACAAUCAUAAAAAUGUUAUGAGAAAUACUAGAAAUGCAUCACUCUGAUGUAACUCUGAGUUUCUCCUUUUGAACUGAAUUACUGAAGUAAAUACAAAUAAACUAAAUCACAGCCUCCAGAAAAAACUUCUUGUUUUUGUUGGUUUUAAGUCAAAUGGAAGAAACUCUGAGGACGUUGAAUUAUUUAUUUUUCUCAUUAGAAGUUCAAAGUUUUCACUUUGAUUUCGUCCAAAGUUGAAACCGAAGUGAAAACUUUCAGAUCUGAACGAAUUCAGACGGAAAAUAAAACCUGAAAACAGAAACACAGAUUUUCUGAUUGUUUCAACAGAGAAAAAUAGUCAAAUGAAUAAAAAUUGUUUGAGUUUAAAUAAAGCAAAUCAUUGGAAAAAGGCUUUCAGAUUUUUGUUGUGCAUUAAUUUAAAGGUAAUUUAAAUGGAACUGGGACCAAACUGGAGCCCCACUGGUUUUCAGAAGCCCAGUUAAAGAUGCAGCAGCUCAGAGCGAAACGUGUUUCUGUAUAUGAAUGAAUCUGGAUGGAUGUUUAUUUUAUUUCAGAAAACGAAGUGAAACAUUGUACAGAUUUAAAUGUAAAUGUCCAGAUUUCUGUUGUGAUUAUUUAAUGGUGAAACAUUUCCCAGAGGAUUGUUUUUCCUUCAUUUCUCAUCUUUUUUCUGGUUUCUCGCUGUGCCUUAGCUGUGCUCCUGUUUUAGAAAACUGAAUAAAAAACAACAAAUCA